AUGACGAUCAGCGCCGCUGACGAAGAUGAAAUCUGUGAGGCGGAAGCACCGCUGCUCGACGACUUCGUGCCGUGCUCCAUCGACUUCAACGGCCGGCAUUCAGUCCGAUCCAAAUCCGGUUGCUGGAAAUCCGCUUCUUUCCUCAUAGUUGUUGGAGUGUCGGAGAGGUUUGCUUACUACGGAAUAAGUUUGAAUCUGCUGAGCUAUUUGACCGGAAAUUUGGGGCUUCCGACCGCCACCGCGGCCGCGAUUCUCAACGCAUGGUAUGGAACGUCGGCGAUUUUGCCGAUUCUCGGCGCCUAUGUGGCGGAUGCGUUUUCCGGCCGGUUUCGGAUGAUUUCCGCCGCUUGUGUGCUCUAUAUUGCGGCGCUUGGUUUCUUGACACUAUCAGCUUCACUCAACUCAUCCGAAUGCAAGCAAUCUUCACCAACCAGCCGCGCGUGUGCUUCAAACCAGCUCGAGCUCGUCUUCUUCUUCGUCUCGUUCUUCUCUGUGUCUUUCGCGCAGGCAGGGUACCUGCCCUGCGUGCAAGCGUUCGCGGUCGAUCAGUUCGACGAGGAAGACGAGAAUGAGAACAGAGUAAAGGGCUCUUUUUUCAAUUGGUGGAACUGUUUCAGCACUGCAGGGAUUCUAGCGCCUCUCUUGGUUUUGGCCUAUAUUCAAGAGAAUCUGAGUUGGGAGCUUGGAUUUGGAAUCCCUGCUGCCACCAUGUGUUUCGCUCUGGUUGUGUUCUUGUCCGGGAUCCAAACCUAUCGGUUUCGCAAGACUGGCGAUGGAGGUAGUAACCCGUUAGUGCGAAUCUAUCGUGUUUUUGCACGAGCAGCUAAGAAUUGCCGCAUUGCCCGUGUAACUAAGGAGGAGACCGAUAAUAUAUCAGGCUGUGGUGCUCACAUCGGGUUUCUUGACAAAGCAUUGCUCGAACCCGAUGGUUUAACCACCGGAGACGUCGAAGAUGCAAAAUCGAUCCUCAAACUUGCUCCGAUAUGGUGCUCGUGCCUCGGCUACACGAUCAUCUACGCGCAGCCAUCAACUCUCUUCACCAAGCAAGCCGCCACCCUCGACCGCCACAUCACCCCCGCCUUCCAAAUCCCGGCCGCCUCUCUCCAACACUGCUUCAUCGGCGGCUCCAUCAUCAUCUCCCUCCCAAUCUACGACCGCGUCUUCGUCCCCAUCGCCAAAUCCAUAACCAAAUGCCCCUCGGGCAUCUCGGCCCUCCAGAGGGUCGGGAUAGGGCUCGUUCUCUCUCUCAUCUCCAUAGUCUUCGCGGCCGCUGUUGAGAGGAGGCGCCUUGGAAUCGCCCGAGACCACGGCCUUGUUAACAAGCCAGAGGCCGUGGUCCCGAUGAGCGUGUGGUGGCUGGCACCGCAGUACGUGCUGUCGGGGUUGGCGGAUGCCUUUGCAGUGGUUGGCCUUCAAGAGUUUUUCUACGAUCAAGUUCCUUUAGAUUUUCGAAGUGUUGGUCUUGCUCUCUACAUUAGCAUCCUUGGCACGGGCAACCUUGUAAGUAGCUUCCUCGUGUCUACGAUACAGAGUGUCACUGCCGGAAAUGGCCGAGAGGGGUGGUUUUCCGACAACCUUAACCGGGCCCACCUCGAUUACUUCUACUGGCUGCUGGCAGGGCUCAGCCUGACUGGAUUCACCGCGUUUGUUUGCUCCACGGGAUCUUAUGUUUAUAGGACACGAGCCAUUGUGUCGUAUGUAGACUCGUAGUGGGCCUUUUUCAAUCAGGGACGGACGUAGAAAAAUAUUAAACAGGGGCUUCUAGUUGUAUUAAUUUACAUGUAAGUCAGCGUUGUUUAAUU